UACUUGUACAUGAAAGCAAAACACCUUUCUAAGCAAUCAUUCAUUAUUCAUCAUUUAUGUAUAUAAACUCCUCUCUUCUCAUCUCCCACAUUCCCAUCUACACCUCAAACCAUGGACAAAUCCUCAUCACUUAUCUCCUUUAGUACCAUAUUAAUAUUCAUAAUCUCAUUUUUCAUAGUUUCAAGUCACGGCAAGACUCAGAGUGGAGGUCUUGACCGUUUAUCAAGACUGAAACUCAGUCAAACGGUCGGGAAAGGCUCCUUUCCCGACCAUUUUAACCCCGCGGUGCUGCGGGGAAUAAGAAUUCUUUCGCAGAAGGGAAUGAAAGAAAAGGAUAAGAUUGAGAGAUUGCCGGGACAGCCACCACAGAAGCUCGAGUUUAGCCAGUAUGGUGGGUAUGUCACGGUGAAUCAAUCUGCUGGAAGGGCACUGUAUUAUUACUUUGUUGAAGCUCAGCACUCCAAGGAAUCUCUGCCUCUUCUUCUCUGGCUUAACGGAGGUCCUGGUUGUUCAUCAUUAGGCUAUGGAGCAAUGCAAGAGCUUGGACCUUUUCGUGUCCACAGCGAUGGCAAAACCUUGUACCACAAUCAUUUUGCAUGGAAUCAUGCUGCAAAUGUUCUGUUCUUGGAGUCACCAGCAGGAGUAGGAUAUUCCUAUUCAAAUACUUCAUCGGAUUAUAAAAGUAAUGGAGAUAAAAGCACAGCAUCUGAUAAUUAUGUAUUCUUGUUGAACUGGUUGGAGAGAUUUCCAGAGUACAAAAACAGGGAAUUUUACAUAGCGGGAGAGAGCUACGCUGGCCAUUAUGUCCCUCAACUUGCCCACACCAUUCUCCAUUAUAACAAAAAGGCAAAUGCUUCCAUUGUUAACCUUAAGGGCAUUAUUAUUGGAAAUGCAGUGAUAAAUGAUGAAACGGAUGUGAGGGGGAUGUAUGAUUACUUUGCAACCCAUGCUUUAAUUUCAGAUGAAACUGCAGAACAAAUCAAUAAAUACUGCGACUUCUCACCAAAUGCUACAACACAGACUACAGAGUGCAAUGAUGCAGCUCAACAAGCUGAUCUUGAUACUUUUGCUCUGGAUAUCUACAAUAUAUAUGCUCCUGUUUGCAACAGUGAUAAACUUACAGUCAAGCCCAAGAGAAUUUCAAGUGUGAUAGAUCCAUGCAGUGAUGUAUAUGUGCAUGCUUAUAUGAACCGACCUGAUGUUCAAGAAGCUCUUCACGCCAACGUCACCAAACUUGAUCACGACUGGGAAGCUUGCAGUGAAAUCAUUAGAGGGUGGAAUGACAGUCCCACGACAGUAAUUCCCCUCCUAAAGGAGUUCAUCGCCAAUGGAAUUCGUGUUUGGAUAUUCAGUGGAGACACAGACGGAAGAAUACCAGUUACUUCUACCAAGUACUCUAUCGAAGCCAUGAAGCUUAAGGUUAAAACUUUUUGGCAUCCUUGGCUUCUUAAGGAGGAGAUUGGUGGAUAUACACAAGUAUAUGAAGGAGACCUAACAUUCGCAACUGUUAGAGGGGCAGGUCAUCAGGUGCCAAGCUAUGAGCCCAGAAGAGCUCUUUCACUCAUCAUGCACUUCCUUUCCGGGAGACCUCUACCUGAUAUUUCAAAUUUAUAAAGUAACCAAUCAAUGUUAAUUCUUUUCUGUUUCUAUUUUUCACCAUUCAUUCUUCUCUUUUUUUUUACCUAUAGUCAAAUUUAUAGCCUUGUUUUGGUUUUUUCACCGGGGUCGAUUUAUUCUUUGUUUCUUCCUCCGGCAUUUUACUAAUGUUCAUAAUACAUUACAAUAACUUGAGAUCAAUCUCAAAUCUUAUACAGAUGAACUUUUAGAAUAAAUAUGAUUUUACCACA